AUGUGGCUGCAGAACCUGCUUCUCCUGGGCACUGUGGUCUGCAGCUUCUCCGCACCCACUCGCCCACCCAGCCCUGUCACCCGGCCCUGGCAGCAUGUGGAUGCCAUCAAGGAGGCCCUGAGCCUUCUGAACCACAGCAGUGACACUGCUGCUGUGAUGAAUGAAACAGUAGAAGUCGUCUCUGAAAUGUUUGACUCCCAGGAGCCGACAUGCCUGCAGACUCGCCUGAAGCUGUACAAGCAGGGCCUGCGGGGCAGCCUCACGAGUCUCACGGGCUCCCUGACCAUGAUGGCCAGGCACUACGAGCAACACUGCCCCCCCACCCAGGAAACUUCCUGUGAAACCCAGACUAUCACCUUCAAAAGUUUCAAAGAGAACCUGAAGGAUUUCCUUUUUAUCAUUCCCUUUGACUGCUGGGAACCAGUCCAGAAGUGA